CAAACCUUUUUCAUUUCACACACAGAGACAGAGUACAAACUAGAAGCACGAGGAGUAUACAUCUUCCUAGUAACUGUACUGCGGUGUAAAAACCUAUAGAUACACGUGUUCUGUAUAUACAUGCACUUAAAAACGUUCGAGUAGGUGGUGUCAAUGGUGGGUCUUUGGUGUUGGAGGCAGUGACGGGUUGAAGAAGGGAAAAAAAGAUACCUUUAUUGCCUUAGUUCUGUUGGCUUUCUCUUUAUUCCUUGCUUUUCCCAGAUGGGCUGUUCGACUUUCUUCUGAUUAGUACAAAAGUCCGAAGAAAAGGGAAAAAAAGGCAGUUUUUUUGGUUUAUCUGGUCUUCUCUGCAUCAACCGUUCCUGGGAUUUGUCUGGAGUUAAAUUCUCAUGCAUUAUGAAGUCAUACAAUUGUGGUUUCCCCUUAUCAGAUCCUAAAAGCAGGUCAUGUCUCUGCAGCCUUUUCAUAACAGUGUCCUUGAUUUGUGGUGUUUACUUCAUUGGCAGUGCAUGGCUGCGGAAAGAUUUAUUCAAGUUAUCACCUGGAUUUGGACUGAACACGACACAGCGACAUAGAGACUCUGAUAGAUGCAAGGUAUACUCACUGGAUAUAGAAAUCAACGAUACCAGGGACAAUGCACACCCUGAAAAAUGCAAAGGGAAAUGCAGGCCAAUUGGUACUGAAGCUUUGCCAGAAGGAAUUAUUACCAAAUCCUCAAACUUGGAAAUGCGCCCUUUGUGCGGACCUGUUCCAGAGGAUAAAAAGUCAAAGAAUGCAAUGGGUUUGUUGGCCAUAUCGGCUGGGAUAAAUCAAAAGAGACUAGUGAACGAAAUAGUUAAGAAGUUUCUCGGAAAUGAUUUUGCUGUGAUGCUUUUUCAUUAUGAUGGAGUUGUGGAUAAGUGGCAUGAUUUGGAAUGGAGUAACAGAGUCAUUCACGUCUCUGCCAUAAACCAAACCAAAUGGUGGUUUGCCAAACGGUUUCUACAUCCAGAUAUUGUGGCGGAGUAUGAUUAUAUUUUUCUGUGGGAUGAGGACCUCGGAGUUGAAAAUUUUCACCCAGGACGGUAUUUAUCUAUUAUCAAGGAAGAAGGCCUUGAAAUUUCACAGCCUGCUCUUGAUCCCCGUAAAUCGGAAGUGCAUCAUCCCAUUACCAUGCGCAGGUGGAGAUCAAGGGUACACAGGCGAUUCUAUAAGUUCAAAGGUGGUGGAAGGUGUGACGACAACAGUACAUCUCCGCCUUGUGUUGGUUGGGUGGAGAUGAUGGCUCCUGUCUUCUCGAGAGCAGCCUGGCGUUGUGCUUGGUACAUGAUCCAGAAUGACUUGAUCCACGCUUGGGGCCUGGAUAUGAAACUUGGAUAUUGUGCACAGGGUGAUCGGAUGGUUAAAGUUGGUGUGGUUGACGAGGAGUACAUUGUUCACCUGGGUCUUCCUACACUUGGCGGUUAUCCGGAUAAAAAUAAGACGAAUGAUCAACGUCCACGUGCAAAGAACCUGUCGGAUUCGGAACCGUUGGCAGCUGAUAUGUACAGAUAUGAUAACAGAUCCGCCGUGCGACGACAGUCCUAUAACGAAAUGAUGACUUUUAGGAAACGAUGGAACAAUGCCGUCGAGGAAGACGAGUGCUGGAUUGAUCCCUUCAAGCAAGGAACCACACAAGGCUAGUUAGAAGUCAGGUUUUUUGAGACGCAGCCGAAGAAGCAAAGGAGCUGGAUUCCCAGUACCUGUACAGAGAUACAAACAUACACAUCAAACACAGUAGAGCUGCUGUACAUUCUUGUCUGAAAUUCAUGGGUGUCCGAAGAGCCCUGUAACUUGCCAAACCACCUCUGCUACUCGAGAUUUCAUAGAUCGUUUACAUUUUCUUUUUCCCCUUAUUUUGUAUUUAUUUUUCUCAUUUUUCUUGUAAGUUACAGGAAUCAGUUUUUCCUUGUGGUGAAAUUGGAAGCUAAGGUAUUGUUUUGUUC